AGGCAAAUCAAAUAUUUGAUAAAUCACAAGUACCACCUACGAAGAAGAGGAAAUCGGAGCAAUAGGAGGGAUAUAGAAAAUGCGAUAAACGCGGAACUUAAUGGGCCUGGAAGGUUAAUGGGUUAUAGGGCGAUGACUAGAUGCCUUAGAACCAAAUACAAACUUAGGGUUUCUCGAGACGCUGUCAUGAAUAUUCUCAAAGAAAUGGACCCUAGUGGAGUCAAAGAAAGAAAGAGAAGAAAACUUCGUAGGAGAGUUUACCGCUGCCCUGGCCCCAAUAACACUUGGCAUAUAGAUGGUUAUGAUAAGCUGUCUCCCUUUGGUUUUGGGAUAAGUGGAUGCAUAGAUGGUUAUUCUAGAAGGAUCAUAUUCUUGCGAGUGUCAUAUAGUAACCAUGAUCCCUCCAUAAUUGCUGGAUAUUAUAUGAGUGGAGUAAAGCAACUGAAAGGUUGUCCAAAAAGAGUGUGGUCAGACUGCGGUACUGAAAAUGGCAUUGUGGCAGCACUACAGCAAGUUUUUCAUGAAAAUUCGACUACCGGUGGCCAAAGUUAUGGACACAGAUAUAUUUCGUCUACUGCUAAUCAAAGGAUAGAGGCCUGGUGGUCUAUUUUCAGGAAAUCUCAGAGCAACUGGUGGUUGGAACUAUUCAAAGAUUUGAAAGAGUCUGGAUCAUUUUGCAAUGGUAAUAUUAUUCAUGUUUACUGUUUGAGGUACUGCUUCAUGAAUAUCAUACAAAAGGAAUUGGACUCUGUGGCAGCCAAUUGGAACGAGCACAGAAUUAGAAAAAAUAGUACAGCUGAGUGUCCUAAUGGUAUUCCUGACGAACUAUUUUUUCUUCCAGAAAACUCAGGUCAGUAUAUACGUAUUGGGUAUGAGGUAUUGGGGCGAGGAACCCUGUUAGAGUCACUCCCCUUUUAAAACUUCUGGAUAGAUCCGCCCCUGAUACAGAUGAAUUAAUGAAUGAAUAAAUAUAUAGAUGUAUGAAUGAAUUGAA